AGCCUCUGUUUAUACUCGACUCUCCCGGGUCGAGUUCUGUGCCGCGACAGCCGACAGCCGAUAGCAGCGAUCCGCGACAUCAACAACUGUUUCGUACCCUUCGUUAUCAGCUGAAGUAUCCUUCCACCACCGGGUGCGUUCGGGGUGUACUUUUCACAUACGAAAGAGCGACGGCAGGACACACCAGCACACAAGAUGCAUACCGUAAUGACCCGCGGUAACGCUAUUCUAGCGUACUCGCUAAGCGUACUGUCCGUGCUUACGUUUUGCUGCUUUGCUUCCACGUUCUUCUACGACUACCGCACGGAGGCGCGAAUCAACACGGUGAAGGUGCUGGUCAAAAAUGUGCCAGAUUUCAGCGCUUCGCGGGAGAAGAACGAUCUCGGCUUCAUCACGUUCGAUCUCGGCACCGAUCUGAACCCGCUGUUCAACUGGAACGUGAAGCAGCUGUUCCUGUACCUGACGGCCGAGUACACCACGGAGCAGAACGCCCUCAACCAGGUGGUGCUGUGGGACAAGAUCAUUCUGCGGGGCGAGAACGCCAACCUGGACUUCAAGAACAUGAACACGAAGUAUUACUUCUGGGAUGAUGGCAAUGGUUUGAAGGGACACCGGAACGUGACGCUUACGCUAUCGUGGAACAUCAUCCCGAAUGCCGGACUGUUGCCGAGCGUGUUUGCCCACGGGCAGCACUCGUUCAAGUUCCCCGAGGCUUACAUCGAGUCGCCGGUCUAGUCGAACGGUCGCCGGUAGCCGCUUGUGUGUACCCACACUUUUCCUCUUGUUUCCAUCAAAGAGUGUAAC